GUGGGAGAAUAAAGGAUUCUAGGAAUCGGUGCGCGACGGUGGAAGCACAGUCUGGGCGACGGUUCCAGAACCUCGGAACCCGGCGGCCAGCCGAAUAUCUCCAACACCGGCGUAACUUGGAAUAACUUGGCCCGCUCGCCUGUCGCGCAUCAAAAUGAGCUUUUUAUAUUUAGCCAACCACACGAUAGCAUUUCAGCACCGCCUGCCAAGACAGAAGUAGAAGGGAAAACAGCGCGCUGGGGCUGGACGGACUCGGAAAUACACAAUGAAUGACUCCCGCGAUAUGUUCUUUCCGUAGGAGAGGAUCGGAGGGCUUGGAAUUUACCGACAGACCCUUUGCACAUCAUGCUUAUUAGUUUUGCCGGAAUCUGUAACCAUGCACCGAAGUUUACUAUCUGCCUGACUGUCAGGCGUUGCUGGCUACUGUCAUGAGCGCUUCCGCUUUCCCACAGAUAUUUACGCCGUGAAAAUCUCCUUGCGCUGUCGAAUGCAAGGUCCACUCGAAUGAAUCGUUCGUCUCUUGCAAACAUGACAACGAUUUGUAAAGCAAAAACUGUUAGGUGACCUAAAGAUCUCUCCACUUUACAUCGCUCCGCUCAACUGACUUGCGGAGAAGGGCUCUUUCGGCGCAUGUUCUUUGGGACUGUUUUGGGAGUUGUAAGUUACCGAAAAGAGUGAACUAGAGAGGCCGACGCUCAGCUGACGCUGCUCUGGCGGGGCACUGUUGACUCUUGCAUUGUUGGAGAGAUUUUCUGCUCCCUGCUUCUUUGCGUAAUUACACAACAGCGCUGGAACUGGAAGAGGUUUUUUUUCUCGCUGCAGUGAAAUCUAGUUAAAACUGGACCAAGCAAAUUAGACAAGCUACCUGACCCGAGAAUAAUUGUGAUGCGCACGAGAUGAUUAAGCGCGAGCUGCAGGGCAGCAUAAACACGCGCCUCCUACGGCUGCAGGUGCGCGCCCCGCAGAGCGAGUGAAACACCUGUUUUUUAGCGGAGAAACGACUCUGAAACCCUGAGCCUGCACAGAAAGCUGAGGUUGAAGGAGUGGGGAAAUCAGCACGGGUGCGCCGUUUCAAGCACAAUGGAGGUCGCGCCUUGCCAGCCCGCGGCAGAGACCGGGGGUGACCACGCCGGCAGCAUUUUGAUGACAGCGGGCGUGGAGAGAGCCGACGUCUCUAGCCCCAGCCUGCUGUCCAAGCAGCGCUCUCUCCGGGCGGUGUACGUGCUUAACGACGGGCUGAAGGCUGUGGCGGCCAACAGCCCGGAGUCGGGGGCCCUGCAGUGUCUGCAGCGUGCCUGCGACGCCGAGAGUGCCAUCCUGACCACCGUGACUUUUGGGCGACUGGACUUCGGGGAGACCACGGUUCUGGACACUUUCUAUGACGCAGACAUCGCUGUGGUGGAUAUGAGUGAUGUGUUCAGGCAGCCCUCCCUUUUCUACCACCUGGGUGUGCGGGAAAGCUUCGACAUGGCCAACAACGUCAUCCUGUAUCACGACACCGACCCCGACACCGCCCAGUCACUCAAGGACAUGGUGGCACAGAAAAACACAGCGUCCAGUGGUAACUACUACUUCAUCCCCUAUGUGAUGACGCCCAAUAACGAGUACAUGUGCUGUGAGAACGAUGCCCAGCGCCGAGCCUCUGAGUACAUGCAGCCCAGCUGGGACAACCUUCUGGGUCCGCUGUGCGUCCCCCUGGUGGACCGGUUCGCCAGCCUGCUCAAGGACAUCCACGUCACCUCCUGUGCCUCCUUCAAAGACACGCUCCUGAAUGACAUCCGAAAAGCGCGUGAUAAGUACCAGGGAGAGGAGCUGGCCAAGGAGCUAUCCCGUAUCAAGCUCCGCAUCGACAACACAGAGGUGCUGACGCAGGACAUCGUCAUGAACCUGCUCUUCUCCUACAGAGACAUACAGGACUAUGAUGCCAUGGUGAAGCUGGUCCAGACCCUGGAGAUGCUGCCCACCUGUGACCUGGCCAACCAGCCCAUGAUCCAGUUCCACUAUGCCUUUGCUCUCAACAGGAGGAACACUCCGGGUGACAGGGAGCAGGCACUGAGAGUGAUGCUCCAGGUGCUGCAGUCAUGUGACCAUCCUGCCCCAGACAUGUUCUGUCUGUGUGGGAGGAUCUACAAGGACAUAUUCCUGGACUCAGACUGCAAGGACACCAAGAACAGAGACAACGCCAUCCAGUGGUACCGAAAGGGCUUCGAGCUGCAACCCACCCUCUAUUCAGGGAUAAACCUGGCAGUCCUGCUCAUUGUUGCUGGCCAGCAGUUUGAGAGCUCCAUUGAGCUGCGGAAAAUUGGAGUGCGUUUGAACAGUCUGUUGGGGCGAAAGGGCAGCCUGGAGAAGAUGAAUAACUACUGGGAUGUGGGUCAGUUCUUCACAGUCAGCAUGCUGGCCAACGACAUCCCCAAAGCAGUGCAGGCCGCUGAGAAGCUCUUCAAACUCAAGCCCCCCAUCUGGUAUCUGCGCUCCGUGGUACAGAACCUCCAGCUGAUCCAGCGCUUUAAGAAGCAGAACCUGGAACACUCACCGCAGAGGGAGAGGCUCAACUUCUGGAUGGACAUCAUUGUGGAGGCCACGCGAGGAACCACCAAUGGGCUCCGAUUUCCGGUGCUGAUUCUGGAGCCGACCAAGAUCUACCAGCCCUCCUAUGUGUCCAUCAACAGCGAGGCGGAGGAGAAGAACGUGUCCAUCUGGCAUGUAUCUCCUGCUGAGACGAAAGGAAUCCACGAGUGGAACUUCACGGCUGCUUCUAUCAAAGGAAUCAGCAUCUCCAAAUUUGACGAGCGCUGCUGCUUCCUGUACGUCCACGACAACUCGGACGACUUCCAGAUCUACUUCUCCACGGAGGACCAGUGUGGCAGGUUCUGCUCCAUGGUGAAGGAGGUGAUCUCAGAUGGGUCGGGGAAUGCGGUGGAGCUGGAGGGGGAGGGUGAUGGGGACACGCUGGAGUAUGAGUAUGACUACAAUGAGAAUGGGGACAGAGUGGUGCUGGGAAGGGGCACAUAUGGAGUGGUGUACGCUGGGAGAGACCUGAGCAACCAGGUGCGCAUUGCCAUCAAAGAGAUCCCGGAGAGGGACAGCAGGUACUCCCAGCCCCUGCAUGAGGAGAUCGCCCUGCACAAGUACCUGAAACACAGGAAUAUAGUUCAGUACCUCGGCUCUGUGUCCGAGGACGGGUACAUCAAGAUCUUCAUGGAGCAAGUCCCUGGAGGAAGUCUGUCGGCUCUGCUGCGCUCUAAGUGGGGUCCGCUGAAGGAGGCCACCAUCAUCUUCUACACACGUCAGAUCCUGGAGGGCCUGCGCUACCUGCACGAGAACCAGAUCGUCCACCGGGACAUCAAGGGGGACAAUGUGCUGGUCAACACCUACAGCGGGGUUCUCAAGAUCUCCGACUUCGGCACGUCCAAGAGGCUGGCCGGGGUCAACCCCUGCACCGAGACCUUCACCGGCACACUGCAGUACAUGGCCCCUGAGAUCAUCGAUAAGGGCCCCCGAGGCUACGGGGCCCCUGCUGACAUCUGGUCCCUGGGCUGCACCAUCAUCGAGAUGGCCACAGGCAAGCCUCCCUUCCACGAGCUGGGAGAACCACAGGCUGCCAUGUUCAAGGUGGGAAUGUUCAAGAUCCACCCGGAGAUCCCAGAGUCGCUGUCGGCGGAGGCGAAGUCCUUCAUCCUGCGCUGCUUCGAACCCGACCCCAGCAGGAGAGCCACGGCCGGGGACCUGCUCAAGGACCUGUUCGUACGGCAAAACAUGAAGGCCAAAAAGAACAAGAUCGCCUUCAAACCGUCCGUGUGGCAAGACUACAUUCGCAGCGUGUCGCUGCCGGUGCAGCUGCAGGUGGAGGCCGCCGGGAGCAGCAGCAGCGAGCACGGGUCCGUCUCGCCCGACUGCGACUCCAAACACGACGUCUUCUUCGAGAAGAAGAAACGCUCGGGCUCUGAGAACCUCAUCAAGCCGCCCAGCUCCAACUUCCUCAGCGUCCCAGAUGAGGGCUCUGUUUCAGAGGACCGCAGCGCACCCCCCUCCCCUGAGGACCGGGACUCGGGCCUCUUCCUGCUGAAGAAGGACAGCGAGAGGCGGGCCAUCCUCUACAAGGUCCUGAAUGAGGAUCAGGACAAGGUCAUCUCCAACCUGAUGGAGAACCACAUACAGGGAGGUGAGGAGCUGAAGCUCUCUGUAGAUCACAUCAAGCAGAUAAUCUGCAUCCUGCGAGACUUCAUCCGUUCCCCCGAGCGACGCGUCAUGGCAACCACCAUCUCUAAGCUCAAGCUGGACCUGGACUUUGACAGCACCUCCAUCAACCAGAUCCAGUUGGUCCUGUUCGGGUUCCAAGACUCGGUUAACAAGGUUCUGAGGAACCACCACAUCAAGCCCCACUGGAUGUUCGCCAUGGACAACAUCAUCCGCCGAGCCGUGCAGGCUGCCGUCACCAUCCUGAUCCCGGAGCUGCAGACCCACUUUGGACCGGCGUCCGAGAGCGAGGGGGCAGACAAGGAUGCGGACGAGGUGGACGAGGAGGAGGGGGCCGAGUUUGGGGGGGCGGAGCCGGUGGUGCCCGAGGACCCCGGCCUGACCUCGGGGGUCAGCACCCUGAGCUCCGUGCUAUCCCAGGAGUCCCAGCGGACGCAGCACCCGCUGGGGGCACAGCUGGGCCGUCUGAAGCAGGAGACGAGCCGACUGCUGGAGGACCUGGUGCAGAAGGAGAAGGAGUACCAGCAGGUGCUGAGGCAGACUCUCCAGCAGAGGGCGCAUGACCUGGAGCUCGUCCGGAUCAAGAACAGGCCCAGCGAGAUCGUUCCACCCUCCAUUUUUCACAUCCCAGCUGACCGGGAACCAGACAAGGAGCUCACGGACUGGCUGAAAGAGCAGGGGGCAGAUGCAGACACCAUAGAGAAAUUUGUGAUGGAGGACUACACUCUGAACGACGUCCUCAAUGACGUCACCAAAGAGGACCUGAGAUACCUGCGGCUACGGGGCGGGGUCCUGUGUCGGAUCUGGAGGGCGAUCCAGAAGCACCGAGGCCGAGAGCAGAGGAGACAGCAGAGGGGCGGAGACAAUGCAGAAUGAUGGGAUCCCCCCCCCCCC